AUGAACUACCCGCUGACCCUGGACAUGGACCUCAUAAACCUGGAAGAAGUGUACAAAGAAUUCAGCAACUACAGUGACUACAGCACAGUGUCACCAACGGAAAACCACUUCUGCUCCACAGUUGAAGGACCCCUGCUGACCGCCUUCAAGGCCACGUUCAUGCCCGUGGCUUAUGGCCUCAUCUUCCUCCUGGGCAUGAUGGGCAACACAUUGGUGCUGGUGAUCCUGGAACGUCACCGGCAGACACGGAGCUCCACGGAGACCUUCCUCUUCCACCUGGCCGUGGCUGACCUCCUCCUCGUCUUCAUCCUGCCCUUCGCCGUAGCGGAGGGCUCUGUGGGCUGGGUCCUGGGCACCUUCCUCUGCAAGACUGUGAUAGCUCUGCACAAAAUCAACUUCUACUGCAGCAGCCUGCUCCUGGCCUGCAUUGCCGUGGACCGCUACCUGGCUAUCGUCCACGCUGUCCAUGCCUACCGCCACCGCCGACUCCUCUCCAUCCACAUCACCUGCACCGCCGUCUGGCUGGCGGGUCUCCUGUUUGCCUUGCCAGAGCUUCUCUAUGCCAAGGUCAGCCAACACCAUCACAACAACUCCCUGCCACGCUGCAUCUUCUCCCAAGAGAACCAAGCAGAAAGCAAUGCCUGGUUCGCUUCCCGCUUCCUCUACCAUGUCGGAGGGUUCCUCCUGCCCAUGCUGGUGAUGAGCUGGUGCUAUGUCGGGGUAGUGCAAAAGCUGUGCCAGGCCCAGAGGCGCCCUCAGCGGCAGAAGGCGGUCAGGGUGGCCAUUCUGGUAACAAGUGUCUUCUUUCUCUGCUGGUCUCCCUACCACAUCGUCAUCUUCCUGGACACCCUGGUGAGGUUGAAGGCCAUGAACCAUAGGUGUGAACUGAACAGCUACCUCUCGGUGGCCAUCACCAUGAGUGAGUUCCUGGGCGUGGCCCACUGCUGCCUCAACCCCGUGCUCUACACGUUCGCCGGGGUGAAGUUCCGGAGUGACCUGUCCCGGCUUCUCACCAAGCUGGGCUGUGUCGGCCCCGCCUCCCUUUGCCAGCUCUUCCCGAGCUGGCGCAAGAGCAGCCUCUCGGAGUCAGAGAAUGCCACCUCUCUCACCACCUUCUAG